AUGGUUUAUAUCAUGGAAAUUCAUACCGACGGUGGCUGUAGAGGCAACGGACGACCGGGAGCAAUAGGUGCCGCUGCUGCCGCUUUCAAGAAACGAAAUGGCACAUACGGAAAAGCGUGGACACGAUCCUUACCCCGAGAUGAUCCUCCACCCACAAACCAGCGGGCCGAACUCACUGCCAUCAUCCUGGCACUGGAGCUAGCCCUGGAAAAGCUUGAAAAGCUAAACAUGAAUCCAUAUCUAGAUGUCAAGAUCUAUUCGGAUUCCAGAUAUGCGAUUGAUUGCAUGACAAUUUGGAUUUACAAGUGGACCAGAAACGGAUGGAUCAAUGCCGCAGGCAACGAGGUUGUCAACCGAGAUCUUCUUGAGGAGGCUUCUGAUCUAGAUGACAAACUGAAAGAGGUGGGAGACAUGGACUAUGUCUGGAUUUCGAGGGAGAAGAACCAGUAUGCUGAUAGAUGUUGUAAUUAUGCUAUGGACAUACAAUGA